AAAAAUGUAGCCUAACCUCUUGGGAAAGAGGACUCCAUAAAACAAGACAUUUUUAGUCUUCCGAAAGGAGAACAUACACCAUCAACAUUUACUCUGAAGAAGGAGGAGAAGUCAUGACAUGGCUACUUUUAUUCAAAUGAACCUAAUUUCCUUAAUGAAGUCAAUGGAAGCUUGAGUCUUUCAACUCAUCUGUAAGGAAAGGACUAGGAGGGUUUUUUUGUUCUUUCUUAAUUUCUCAUUUUGGAAGUUGUUUAUGUCACCUCAGGAGAGGUGAAAGGAACACAAGGAGAAGGAACAAGUGUUUGUGAGGAACAUUUUUACCUCAGAAACCCAAUUUUCCUCACGAAGGCUCUGAUAUGACAGCAUUCGGGAAAUAGUCUAGAUUUUCAGUCAGUUGUUUGAAAGUGAAAAGUCGGCUAUUACCUCACUUUCAUUAUAUUUCAUGUUUUAAUUAUAAUUAUUAUUAUUAUUAUUAUUAUUAUUAUUAUUAUUAUUAUUAUUUUAAAAAUGACUAAAUUGGAGACUACAUUGAUAUUUUGUUCGCUCGCGCUGCUGGCGUUAACGUGCGUCGAAGCCAAAGACUCGGAAGAAAAAGCUAACGGCUUGCGCGCGCUGAACGUCACGGCCGCGCGACACUCGCGCGCGCCGCCGCCAAUGUGCACGGGACCCACAGAGAUCCGGGACGCGUUCAAGUACAUAAACGCGGCCGUGUCGUGCCUCGUGUUCGUAGCGGGGCUCGUGGGCAACUCUGCGCUGCUGCGGAUCAUAUAUGCGAACGAGCGCAUGCGCAACGGGCCCAACCUGCUCAUCGCGAGCCUCGCGCUCGGUGACCUCGUGCACGUCGUAAUCGGCAUCCCCAUUAACGUGUACAAGCUUCUGGCUGAAGACUGGCCUUUUGGUGUUGGAGUCUGCAAACUGGUUCCUUUUGUGCAGAAGGCAUCAGUUGGCAUCACAGUCUUGAGUUUGUGUGCAUUAAGCAUAGACAGGUACCGUGCGGUAGCAUCCUGGAGCCGCAUCAAAGGAAUCGGAGUGCCCAAAUGCACGACUAUCGAGAUCAUAGUGAUAUGGUUGCUGUCCAUCAUUCUGGCAGUGCCUGAGAUCGUCGCCUUUGACAUGAUCGCUAUGGAUUAUAAAGGAGAUCACUUGAGGAUCUGCCUGCUGCAUCCCAUGCAAAAGAGCCAGUUCAUGAAGUUUUAUAAAUCAGCAAAAGAUUGGUGGCUCUUCAGCUUUUACUUCUGCAUGCCACUGGCCUGCACUGCCAUCUUCUACUCUCUCAUGACCUGUGAAAUGCUGCGAAAGAAGGACAGUGUGCAGAUUGCUCUGAACGACCACUUGAAACAUAGACGCGAGGUGGCCAAGACCGUGUUCUGCUUGGUGUUGGUCUUUGCUCUGUGUUGGUUGCCUCUGCACCUGAGCCGUAUUCUCAAACUCACCCUUUAUAAUGAGGACGAUCCAAACCGCUGUGAGCUUCUGAGCUUCUUCCUGGUCCUUGAUUACAUUGGGAUCAACAUGGCUUCAGUGAACUCAUGUAUCAACCCAAUAGCCUUAUAUAUGGUCAGCAAACGGUUUAAGAGCUGUUUCAGGUCUUGCCUCUGUUGUUGGUGUCUGCCUGCUGAUGUGUUGGCAGUGGAUGAACAGCAGUCCUGCAUGAAGCUGAAAUCGGCAGAGCACGGGUCAGAACAGAGCAGCAGCCGAAUCACAAACAAGUACACUUCGGUGUAAGUGCUAACCCGAGGGCAGUUCUGUAUAAAUUAGUAAUAUUUGUAAUACACACUUGUUGACCUCCAAUCACCACUGAGACCUGUGCAUCAUCUGCACCACUGGCAGCACGUACGCUGAGGUUGUCUCAAGCAGUAGGUCAGAACACACUUAAAAUGUACAUAGUCAUAUUGUCUUGCUACCUAGUAAACCAUUAUCAGCUCUCAGUAACAUAUAAAUAGUGUAAUCAGAUGAAAUCAGAUGAAACACACCAUCUUGUUAAAAUCCCCAUGAUGUUGACAUGAUCUCUUGAAACUCCAAGGUGUCAUGUCACACACUUCACUUGAGUUAGUAAAGUAAUCUAAUCAGCAUAUUAAAAUAAACCUUGCAGCCCGAGCUACUCUCAAUACUGCUGUUAUAUAAAAUUAUUCGUUAUCUUCUGACCAAUCGGAUUUGAGUAUUCAACAACACUGAUAGAAAAUCGUUUCAAAGGGUGCUAUAGUAGGUCGAAUAUAACGCUUAAAGGUGUGGGGAAAAAAUGGAUAAAAAUUAAUCUCAAUGUUCAUAGGCAAAGCUGUAGGCAUAUUUUUCCUCACUGACAAGAGCAAACAUACUUUACGUCUUCUGUUAGCUUGGUACGAUUGUAGUAUUAUAUGGUUCACUUUUGUACAGAACUGUUACUAACUCUGAUGUAUUAUUAUUUAAUCUAAUGAUGUUGCUGCAUGUUACUUUAGUAUCACAUAUUUAAAUCAGCCAUUGUGAUUUUUUUUUCAUUACUUUUAUGUAUUUUCGAAGUUCCAUGAAAUGUCUCGACUGUAUGAUUUGACUAUAUGAUAUUACAUCGGGAUUUGAUUAUAUGAUCUUACACACACAUUACAUAUAGGAACACCUGUACAUGUUCAUUUUGCAGUUAUCUAAUCAGCCAAUCAUGUGGCAGCAGCACAAUGCAUAUACAAUGCAUAUAAAAUCAUGCAAAUACAGGUCAGUGGUUUCAAUUAAUGUUGACAUCAAACAUCAGAAUUGCAAAAUAUGUGAUCUCUGUGACUUUAACCGUGGCAUGCUGUUUGGUGCCAGAUAGGCUGGUUUGAGUAUUUCAGAAACUGCUGAUCUCCUGGGAAUUUCACACACAACAGUCUCUAAAGUUUACACAGAAUGGUGCGAAAAACUAAAAACAUCCUGUGAGCGGAGCUGCAGGCUGAAACGCCUUGUUGAUAAGAGAGCUCUGAGGAGAAUGACUAGACUGGUUUGAGCUGACAUCAAGUCUAUUGUAACUCAAAUAAGCACUCUUUGCAACCAUGGUGAGCAGAAAAGCAUCUCAGAAUGCACGACACAUGGAUGGGCUACGGCAGCAGAAGACCACAUCGGGUUCCACUCCUGUCAGCCAAGAACAACGAUCUCAGACUAUCAUGGACACAGACUCUCCGAAACUGCAUUGUUGAAGACUGGAAGAAGACCAGGUCAUUUUAUUUUCUAAUCCAUUUUGGGUGAACCUGUGCCCAUUAUAGCCUCAGAUUCUUGUUCUUGGCUGACAGGAGUGAACCCCAAUGUGGUCUUCUGCUGUUGUAGCCCAUCUACCUCAAGGUUCAGUGUUUUGUUCACGCUGAGAUGCUUUCCUGAUCACCACAGAUGUAAAGAGUGAUUAUAUGAGUUGCUAUAUCCUUCCUGGCAGCUCGAACCAAUCUGGCCAUUUUCCCCUGACCUCUGAAGGCGUUUCCACCCACAGAAAUGUCGCUCACUCAAUGUUUUUUUGAUUUUCGCACCAUUCUCUCUAGAGACUGUUAUGUAUGAAAAUCCCAGGAGAUUUCUUAAAUACUCAAAGCAGCCCAUAUGGCACCAGCAUUCUUGAUAUGGUUAGUCACACUUUUUCCAAUUCUGAUGUUUGAUUUGUACAUUAUCUGAAGCUCUUGACCUGUAUCUGCAUGAUUUUAUGCAUUGUGCUGCUGCCACGUGACUGGCUGAUUGGAUAACUGCAUGGAUAACUUUUUAACUUGGAUAACUGGUGUACGUGUGUGUGUGUGUGUGUGUGUGUGUGUGUGUGUGUGUGUGUGUGUGUGUAUACAUAUACAUAUACAUGUUAUCCAUGAGAGCAGAGUAUUUUUGUGAGUUUUUUUAACAAAAGAUCAAAAGGUUAAACAAUAAAGACCAUUUUUCACA